UGUGGGCCGUGCAGCUUUAAAGUGCUCGCUCCAUGAUGCCUUGCGGUGUCCCGCUCACUGUUUUUACUCGAGUGAGAGCAGAGCCGCCGCUGCUGCUGAUGUAACGGGCUACACUGACUGAAGUUCAGCGAGCGGACCCUCCUAACGGACCUCAACCGGACUACAUUUACGGACAUCGGACGAAGGGAGUCUUUACGAAACAUUAAAAGGAAAACCACAUCAUCCUCUUAAAAUCUGGGUUCUGCUCUGGCGGAGCGAAGUAACAGACCCGGACUGAGGAUUGUGGCGGUCUGGGACUGCAGACACACGCAGCAGUGAUAACAGAAGCAUGCAGACCAGAGAGCUUGCAACGGGUGCCUGCAGAGGUGAGGAAUGACAUCAUCCAGAUGAGAGGCAUGGAGCUGAAGGUAUGGGUGGAUGGAGUGCAGCGCAUCGUCUGCGGGGUCACAGAAGUCACCACAUGUCAAGAGGUUGUUAUCGCUUUGGCCCAAGCAAUAGGGCGGACAGGUCGCUACACGCUGAUUGAAAAAUGGCGCGAGACAGAGAGGCAUCUGGCACCCCAUGAGAAUCCUGUGGUUUCUCUGAAUAAGUGGGGUCAAUACGCUAGUGAUGUGCAGUUGGUGCUUCAACGUACAGGGCCAUCUCUGAGUGAGCGCCCUACCUCGGACACCUCUGAAAGAGCCCCAGAGCGCAGUUUAUACCACCAAAGUCUCCCUCCCAUGGCAAAGCUCCGCCCCACAGCCAACGACCGUUCCCUCAAACGACGCGAACCAAAACGCAAGUCCCUCACUUUCACCGGUGGUGCCAAGGGGUUACGUGAGAUCUUCGGGAAGAAUCGUGAGGGUGAGACCAAACAGAGAGCGGUAAACACAAACCGCAGCAGCACUCCGGCCCCUACACAGGAGCUGUCCCGCCUGGUGCAGUUGCAGAAGGACAAACUGCACAUCCUAGAGCAGAAACUGCAACGCUGUGAGACUGAGUUGCAGCAGCAACUGACGGAGGAAGAAGAAGAGGAGCUGGUCAAACUAGAGCAGCAGGUCCGCAGGAAUGAGGCGGAGAUGAAGGAGCAUGAAUUCUGGGAGAAUGAGUUGAAGAUUGAGCAGGACAAUGAGAGGCAACUUCGUGAGCAGCUGCAGGAACUGCGCAGCCGUGUACAGGAGUGCGAGGAACAGCUGGGAGAAUACCUGGCACGUAUUCAGUGCAUGGAAGCAGGGCUGGAGGCAGAGCGCCUGGAACAAGAGCUGAUGGAGACGCGGCUAGCGGAUGAAAUGGAGGUCCGGUCGCGACUGGACAAGGCUCGUGCCGAGCUAGACAUACAGGUGCAGCAGGCUGUAAGACUGGAGAGCAGCUGCAGAGCUAUGGAGCUUUCACUUGGGCAGUCGAACAUCAGGCUACAGGAGAGAGAGCAGGAGCUGGAACAGUUAACUAAGGAGCUCAGGCAGGUGAACCUUCAACAGUUUAUUCAACAGACUGGCACCAAAGUAACAGUUCUACCAGCAGAUCCUGGUGAGGAGGAAGCUAACACAGAGUCAGAAAAUCAGUCUGGAUCUCUGAAGCGGCUUGGAUCAGCUCGACGACUUCCCGCUGACCUACGAGCUCUGCAGAGCCCGCUGAACACAACCUUUAACCCAGAAGGCAUCUACGUCUGAUUUUGCACUGGGCAUCAACAUUUAAACACAGUCUGCACUCCCCACAUGACUUCAUAUCACUCUGGGACCAUGAAGAUUUCCUUUGGAGAGAUCAUACUCCCUGGAAUUACAGAGGUAUCUGUUGUUUGCUCUACAGAUUCAUCAACAAGCAGCGAGUGUUUUUUAUGGUGAUGAUUGCUUCAUCUUGAUGGCUGUUUGACUAAUCCAACCCAAUCAGUGCUUUCUCCAAAUCCUACAAAGACAUCUCCAGCUGAAUGUAUGCCCAGUUUCACUGGACCCAAAGCGCAGUAAGGCUUUGAAUAUGUCUUGAACACGGCAACUACUGAAAUCAGACAGAAUACAUACUGACUCAGCCUAUGUUCAAUCCAUCAAACUUCUGGUGCAAGUUAGAAAUUGCAGCAUCAUGAUGUCUUUCAUUUAUAGAAUGUUUCUGAAUCUCCGUAAACCUCAUACUCGAUGCAAUUAUGCAAGCAGAGGGAAUUUUAUGGAGAUGCAAAGAGAUUGUUAAGGAUGAUAAAUUAUGCAGUUUAAAUUUUAUGACUCAUAGUCCUGAUGAAAGCUCAUAGAAAGGGGUGGGGUUUCGCCUUAGUAUGCACUUUAUUGGCCAAAACAUCUGCUGUGGAAUUUUACUGAAAUCUUAAAAGCUGAAGAAUCAUUUUCUACGUUUGAUUACGCUAAUCAAGAAAACAGGUGCAUGCAAUAUUUUAAAACCAUGUGAGAGUGAGUAAGGGAGGUGUUUUUGCAUGAAAGCAGCAAAGGAACCUGGUUUUGUGCUGAACAGUUAAAAAGAAAAAAAAAAAGCCUUUUACAUUAUGCAAGUACAACGUAGUUACGCACAAGUCGUAAUGACUGGCCUAGAUCAAUGUGUUCUGCUUAAGCUUUCAGUGAAACUGUUUGGCCAAUAAAUGCAUUUUAAUUCUGACACGGAAUAUUUAGUUUUAUUUUCUUAUUUAGCUGAUCUCACUAAAAUCCUUAUCUAGAGUUGUCUUUUUUCCAACAUACUAGUAAAAAUCACAUCAGUUGCAUAUAUUUUAAGCAAAUCUUUAUUUCUUAUCAAACCAAAGUGUUCUGGAAGUCAUGAAUAUCUGCAUGAAUGUAAAGAUUUGUAAUUGUGUGUAUGUGCAAAGGGAAGCAGCUCCAAAAUAUUGAUAACAUGAUUUUUUUUUAUUGUUUAACUAUAGAAGUACAUGCUUCCCUUAAAGCUACAUUCACACAGAUGCAAAAUAACUCAAUUUAUUUUUUACAUUUAAUAUGGACUUAAGCAAGGAGCUCUCGGAAGUGUGUAUAAGUACUCAUUUAUAUUUGCUGUAAUAGCUUCUGAAUUUGUUUUUAUAUUUUUGUAAACCGGUUAGCUUACUUACUGGUAAGUUACUCCAAAAACACUAUUUUGCCAAAAGCCAGUAUUAACAGGAUUUUCAUGAAUGAAUCAAUCAUUUUAUCUUUUAGUAAAACAAAAAACAGGUUUGGUUUAAAGCUUUGCACAUCAUGCUAUACAUUCAAAACAAAAACCAUCUGCUUCUACAUUUAUUGAGGAUUUUAGUAGAGUAACUGAGUAGUCGUGUGAUGAUUUCACACAGAAUUAGUACUCGGAUGAUUUGCAAACGAGCAUUCGACUGUCUGAAUGGUGCAUGACUUGAACAAUGUCAUCUCUGUGUGACGAGGGAAACAUUUGAGAAGCAUGCCUUACUAAAAAAAACAAAAACAAACAAACAAAUAGCAUAUAGCAACAUAUCAAUAAGUAGCAAAGAGGACUAUUUUUAACAUAGAUU